GUAUAAUAAUCCAAAAAAGAAGGAAGAUAGAGACCAACACCAACCAUUCUCUCUGAAAGCAGCAAAGUCCAAAGAGAAGAUGAAAAGAAAAGCAUUUUCCUCUGAUUUUUUGUUGGUGUUGGUUGAAGAAAAGUUGGUUGAAAGAAGAAGAAGUAGCAGAAACGAAUAACGAAUUGCAGCGAUUGAUGAACGGUGAAUGAAUGAAUCCGAUGGUGGGGGAAUCAAGAAAGUGGGUGGUUCUUGGCGCAUCAAUAUGGUUGCAGGCAUUCACCGGCACGAACUUCGAUUUCUCGUCCUACUCUCCAGAUUUGAAAUCUGUUCUUGACAUAACUCAGCUUCAGCUCAACUAUCUCUCUGUGGCUUCGGACAUGGGAAAGGCCUUUGGAUGGUGUUCGGGUCUCUCUCUCCUCCAUUUUCCUUUCUGGCUUGUUCUCUUCCUCGCUGCUUUCAUGGGAGCUUUUGGCUAUGGCUUCCAAUGGCUUCUCAUUCAUCGUUUCAUCACUUUGCCUUAUUCUCUGGUUUUCUUUCUCUGUCUACUUGCUGGUUGCAGCAUCUGCUGGUUCAACACAAUCUGCUAUGUCCUAUGCAUCAGACAUUUUCCCACAAAUCGUUCACUUGCAUUGUCCUUAAGUGUUAGUUUCAAUGGUGUGAGUGCAGCUUUGUACACUCUCAUUGCCAAUGCAAUAAACUCAAAUGAUGACACUCUCUACCUAUUACUCAAUGCAAUAGUUCCAAUGCUGGUGUCUCUUCUAGUACUCAUCCCAAUUCUCCAUCAACCACAACCUCAACCACAUUCUAUUGACACCAUUAAGCACGAUUCAUCAAUUUUUCUCUGCCUCAACAUCCUUGCCCUUGUCACAGGCCUCUACCUCAUCUUCCUGUACUCCUUCUCUUAUACAGUUUCCAUUGCUCGUGUAAUCCUUGUAGGUGCCAUUUUUCUCCUUCUGCUGCUCAUUUUUGUUCCUUCUGUUGUGUAUUCUAUGAAAUCUUCUUCCCUUGCUCGCUUUGCUCUCCCCACAAGCUUUUCCUUCUACUACUCAGUAUUCACUCGCGCUGACCCAGAUGACAAUGAGCUGUAUCAAGAGCUCAUUAGCAUCGAGGACAGCGCGAGGAGUAAAAGUGCACUGAGCACAAGAGAGAAGAAAAGUGUGUGGGAGAGAGAGCAGCUUACAAUGUUGGGGGAAGAGCAUUCAAUUAAGUUGCUGGUGCAUAGAUGGGACUUUUGGUUGUACUACAUUGCAUAUUUCUGUGGAGGAACAAUUGGUUUGGCUUACAGCAACAACUUGGGACAAAUUUCCCAAUCACUAGGACACUAUUCUCAUACUUCUUCUCUUGUCACACUCUACUCCACAUGUUCCUUCUUUGGUCGCCUUCUUGCAGCCGCACCUGACUUCUUAAACAGGAGAAUGCAUUUUGCAAGAACAGGAUGGUUUGCAGCAGCCUUGGUGCCAACACCAAUUGCAUUCAUUUUGUUGGCCAUAUCUGGCAGUGGAGCAGCACUGCACAUAGGCACUGCCCUGAUAGGGUUGAGUUCAGGCUUUGUGUUUUCUGCAGCAGUUUCUAUCACCUCAGAGCUAUUUGGUCCAAACAGUGUUGGAGUGAACCACAACAUCCUCAUCACCAACAUUCCUUUAGGUUCAUGUCUCUAUGGCCUUCUUGCAGCUUUGGUUUAUGAUUCCAAUGCAGAGAACUCAACCCAUGAUAUUUGGCUGCAAGAAAUUUCCAUGUGCAUGGGGAGAAAGUGCUACCUGCAAACCUUCAUUUGGUGGAGCUGCAUUUCAAUGGUGGGGUUGCUUUCAAGCUUCUUGUUCUUCUUAAGGACUAAACAAGCUUAUGAUAAUUUUGAAAAGAAUGAUAACAAAAACAACAUAGCUACAUGAUAAGAAAAACUCUUGUAUGUAAAGAAGAUUGUAUCAUUAUUUUUCAGGUGUUGAUCAAUUAUAAAUAACCUAGAGUUAUAUAUAUGAGAGAUCUCACUUUCACUGAUGAUGAAGAGAAAUUAAUAAUAUAUAAGAUGGAUGCAAAAUUUUACUUUA